AUGCCUAAUAAACAUUGGGCUGAUGACCCUGAUGAAUCAGAGACAGGAAGUGGUACGAGUCUUUGUCUUUCAAACUGUCAGACAUCCGAUACAGAUAUCACCAAGCCAGACGAGAACUUUGGUAGUAUAUCGACUCGAAGCUUGACACCACAGUCUAAAGGGAGAACACGUCCUCCUCAACAACCACAUGGGGGCAGUUCUGCACAAACCACUACCUCUGCAGGUCGGGCGUACAAGGAUCCAGAUAUUGACACCACUGAGAGGCUCUCUGAUAUCAAUCCGGAUUUCAACCGGGCUGACGGCACCAAGAAGUUGAAAGAACGUGUGAUUGAUCGUUGGCAUCGGUUCUGUCAGAAAAAUUUAGAACGUGAACCGGAUUGUGCACGAUGGAGUGACCUAGAGAAAGCGCUUCGGCAAGCAUCCGCAGACUGUAUAUUUCAAUUCCUGAAAUGGUGUUCCAAACUACAAUAUGAAGUAGACGGCCGAAAGCUGCCAGGAUAUGGCCAGGCGGGCACUUUCAACACCGACUGGAAGUAUUUUCGAAUUUAUUACCAAGACGCGUUAGGCAAAAAGAUGGAUAAAGCGAUGGCGAAGAGCCUCCGCACGGGCAGGCAAUGGUUAAUUAAGGAGAACGAGUUGGGUACUCAACCUCGUGACAAUGUCCCAGUGUACAUUGACGAUAUGAUCAAAUUCAAUGAGAUGAUCCUCCAAACGCGCAAAAAACGGUUUUUUCUCGGCAUCCAAAGGAUCAUAUUGUGUCUGGCCCUGAUGCUUGGCCUUUUUACCGCGGGCCGCAAAAACGCGAUUUUGAAACUACAGUACAAGCAUCUCUGUAUUAGUCUACUAUGA